CUGAUUCAAAUUGGAGCCGAGGCAGAGGGAGAGAAAGCAGCGAGCCGGGCUGAUCGCACUCACACACUCCGAGCAGAGGCACAGAGAGGAGCACGGAGUGACUGAGAGGCUGGAGAUCCUUCACUGGCUUUAUUUCACUUGCAUGAACACAACCGUAGACCCCCCAGGAUCUAACGAUGUGGGCAGAAGUCGGGAAGCUUGUGCUAUUACAUUUGUUACUCAUGGAGCUCCACUGCGCUAAAGGAACUCAUACGGAGUCAGAGUGUGAAACCGGGCAGUUUCAGUGCAAGAACGGACGGUGCAUCCCGACCCUGUGGAGAUGUGAUGAUGAUGAUGAUUGCUCAGACAGCAGUGAUGAGGAGAACUGUCCAAAGAAGACGUGUGCAACCACAGACUUCGCCUGUAAGAAUGGACAGUGUGUUCCUGCUAGGUGGCGCUGUGAUGGAGAACCAGAGUGUGCAGACGGUUCAGACGAGGCUGAUGCAAUCUGCAGCCGACAGACUUGUCCACCAGAGAAGUUUGAUUGCGGAGGCGCUGCCAGCAAGUGUGUUUCGUUGUCAUGGCGAUGCGAUGGAGAGAGAGACUGUGAGAACGGGGCAGAUGAGGAGCAGUGCGCAGCAGAUGCCAAGGCCUGUCCCUCCAAAGACUUUCAGUGCCGUAACGGGAAGUGUGUGGCACCGAUCUUCGUGUGCGACGGUGACGAUGACUGUGGGGACGCCAGCGAUGAGGAGAAAUGCUCGGCUCCGACCUGCGGCCAGCACGAGUUCCGCUGCAACGACUCUGAGUGCAUCCCUGCCCUGUGGAGCUGCGACGGCGACCCGGACUGUAAGGACAAGUCCGACGAGUCCAUGGAGCGCUGCAGCCGGAGGACGGAGCCCCAGAAACCUCGCUGUCCGGAGGGCGAGUUCCAGUGCGGGAGCGGAGAGUGCGUCCACAUGAACUGGAAGUGUGACGGCGACGCAGACUGCAAGGAUAAAUCAGACGAAGCAAACUGCCCCCUGCUCACAUGUCGACCUGAUGAGUUCCAGUGUGGCGAUGGCUCCUGCAUCCACGGCACCAAACAGUGUAAUAAAGUUCAUGACUGUCCCGACUACAGCGAUGAAGCUGGCUGCCUCAAUGUUACAAAAUGCGACGCGCCAAGAAAGUUCCGCUGUAAGAACGGGGAGUGUAUUGACAGCAACAAGGUGUGCGACAAUGUGAAAGACUGCAAGGACUGGUCUGAUGAACCUAUGAAGGAGUGUGGCGUGAACGAGUGUGCAGACAACAAUGGUGGCUGCUCUCACAUCUGCAGGGACCGGAGAAUUGGUUAUGAGUGUGACUGUCCCUCCGGGUACAAACUCCUGGACAAGAAGACUUGUGGAGACAUAGAUGAGUGUGAGAACCCAGACGCCUGUAGUCAGAUCUGCAUCAACUACAAAGGAGAUUACAAGUGUGAGUGCUACGAAGGCUAUGAGAUGGAUCCCGCCUCUAAGACCUGCAAAGCCGUGGGAAAGAGUCCAUACCUGAUGUUCACCAACCGUCAUGAAAUCCGUCGCAUUGACCUGCUGAAGAGUGAAUACACACAAGUGGUUCCCACGCUGAAGAAUGCCGUGGCCUUGGAUGUGGAUGUUUCCACCAACAAGAUGUUCUGGUGUGAUCUUUAUCAUCGUAAAAUAUACAGUGCUUACAUCAACAAGGCCAGCGACUCAUCGCAGCAGGUGACGCUCAUCGAUUCGCUCCACUCCCCGGAGGGCCUGGCUGUGGACUGGGUCCAUAAGAACAUCUACUGGACGGAUUCAGGCAACAAGAGCAUCUCUGUGGCCACGGGAGAUGGCAGGAAGAGGAAAGUGCUGGUAGCCACUGAGCUGAACGAGCCACGUGCCAUCGCAGUGGAUCCACACCAAGGGUUCAUGUACUGGUCAGAUUGGGGAGGUCAGGCCAAAAUUGAAAAGGCUGGGAUGAACGGAGUGGACCGACAAGUUCUGGUGUCUGAGCACAUAGAGUGGCCCAAUGGAAUCACUCUGGACUUGUCCAACAGGCGUCUCUACUGGGUGGACUCCAAGCUGCACCUGCUGUCCAGUGUGGAUCUGAAUGGGGACAACCGCAAAGUGCUGCUGUCCUCCCAUCACCACCUCGGACACCCCUUCGCCCUCACCGUCUUUGAGGAUCGCAUAUACUGGACAGAUCUAGAAGACGAAGCGAUAUACAGCGCCAACCGACUGACAGGUCAUGAAGUGGCGAAGGUAGCAGAGCACCUCAACAACCCUCUGGACCUGGUGGUGUUUCAUGAACAGAGGCAGCCCAAGGCCCCUGACACCUGUAACAUGGGCAGCCUGCCUAACGGUGGCUGUGAGUAUCUCUGCCUGAAGGCCCCUCAGAUCACAGACCACUCCCCUAAAUACACCUGUGCCUGUCCUGACGGCAUGGAGCUCGGACCAGACAUGAGGCGCUGCGCUGUAGUUCGACCCAGAACAACCACCACAUCUGCCCCGACCACAACCACGACCACAGCUCCCACCACGACCACCACAACAAGCACUACAACGACGAGCACCACUGUAUCCACCACCACGACCCCUCCUACCACCACCAGCACCACCACCUCUGCUGCCACCACACAAAGGCCCGCGACCAGGCGCCUCACAACGCCGACCCCUCCUCAGACCACCAGAAGCAGCAGAAGUACAGAGCAUCCUCGGACCCCCGCCACCACCAGCACAGAGACCACCAGCUUCAGCAGCACCAGUCAGACGUCUACAUCCACACACACUCCUCUGCUGGGCCCAGUGGCCCCCAACAGCAUUCAGAGAGAGAGCAAUGCCAACCUCUCCCACAGAGCUGCGAGUGAUCACUACCUCAUAGGUAACAACAUCACAGUAGCAGUUCUGGGGAUAGUCAUUCCUAUCGUCCCUAUCCUUGCCACAGUGGUCAUCGGAUUGCUCUGCACCGGCGGGUACCUGGUCUGGCGCAACUGGCGACGCAAGAACACCAAGAGCAUGAACUUCGACAACCCAGUUUACCGCAAAACCACAGAGGACGACGACGACGAAAUCCACAUCGGGCGUCACAGCGAGUCCAUCGGUCACGUCUACCCAGCAGUGAGUGGCAGCCACAGUCAGCCCUUCAUAGCGCUUCCUCUAGGGGGCGGCAUCACAGACAGCAACUCUCACUGGUACUCAGGGGCGCCUAUGCUCUCCAGCGGCAAAUGAGAGAGGCCGCAGAGGAAAGGAAGGCGUUUAUUUGGGAAAUGGGAGGAAGCGCAAGGGUUCGGAAAAGCCCGUUUGUUGUACAGGUCGGCCUGGUGGAGAGAAAGAACAGGCUUGCACAUGUCCACAUGUUCACAUAUCAUUUCUGCAGUAAAAACACAGAUCAAACACACAUGUAAGCCCUUCACCACCGCACCAUGUUCACAUUUCAUUCACCUUUGAUGACCAUAUUCACAGCGCACAUACAUCCAUCAACACCGCAUCCCUGCUGCCAACCUGCCAUCCCAUUAAACUGUACAUUGUGUUGGUGUUUCUGGUUGUUGAAGUGUUUGUUCCCGUUUCCUGACAAAACUCCUCACAUAGACGAAAGGUUUAUUUUGUUUACAGAAGCAGCAGAAGUUGCAAAAGUUCUUUUUCCAUCUUGAUGUCUCUGGUAGAUAACAGAAAAUAUGUGCCACGAAGAAACGUACCUGUCAGUGAGGAAUUUUGUGAUGUUCAUUGCUUUUGUUGCUCAAACUGAUAACACAGGGUUGUCCAGAUAUUAUCCAAAAUAGAGACACAGUCUUGAAUAAUUGUUGCUUUGUUGGUGCAAAAAGGAUUUAAGUGUUGUGAUUCUUUUGUGGAAAGAGGAUUUGCUUUAUAGCCACUUUGCAAGCUGACUGAAAGGACAACAAAGCACAGGGGUAGACUGUUCUGCAAAUUAAAUUGAUUUUUAGAGUUGCUAGUUACAUCCUAGCAUUGCACUAAUGUGUUUUCUUUUCCAUUGUAGUAUAAUUAAUACACAAAAGAUAAUAAAAAUGAAGCACAAAUCAGGACUAGGGCCAAUCCAAAUUACACUUUUUUCCAUUUUCUGACUUGAAUGCAGUCACAGAAUCCAUGAAUCUCCGCGUCAUGACUUGCAGACGACCCUGUUGAUUUCACACUGACUCAGACGCAGUUUUGAGGAUCACUUAAAGCUGCGUUUUCUACAAAUCCAAUAAAUCAAUACCAGCCGUAACUUGCAGGGAAAUGCACUUAAAUCUAGAGAGAGUGUAUCAUCCGGACACUUAUGACAUUUGUUGAAUAUAUUUGUUGUUUUGGGUGUCGGAGAGCGAGCAGGGAAGGGCAGCCAAAAGGAUUACGGGGGGAUGGGAGUGUAGCGCUUUGAUCGGUUGGCAUGGUAACACAGAUUUCUUUGUGUUGCUCUGGAGAGAAAGAAGGCAAAGAAUUCUGGGUAUCACUGGCACGAUGACAGGCUAGAAGCACACACACACACACACGAAACAGGUGCACGACUGAGUCAUAUUAAGAUUCAAGGUCGAAGUAGCAGCCGCCCUCAGUGAAGAGCCGGAGGGAGGAGACCACGCUCCUUCUCUCUCGUCUUACCAUUUUAUUAUUUACAUCUGUACAAAUGACUUUUAUUGUCUUUUAUGGUUUUGCUUGUUUUCCUCCUCCUUUCUUGUCCUGUCCUAACUUUUCUUGCUUUUGUGGCAACUCAGGCAGCCAGAGAAAUUAGGCUGGCAUUCUGUGGGCCAGACAUUUGCAGCCGUAGGCAAGCAACCUGAAUUCCUCAUCUAAGAAGAGCCAGAGAAGGAGGGGACGAACAAGUGGUGGGGGGGAGAGAAAUUGGAAUGAGGAGACGAGGAAGGUCAGGCAAAGCAGGGAGAAGUUAAAAUAUAUGAAGCUGCAGUUUUUAUUCGAGGUUCCACCUAGACUUGAUUCGAUCUCUUUCUCUCCACUGUCCGCUGUGCUACUCCAUUUCCCUUCUCUGUUCUAUCUCACUUCUGUCUCCUUCACCAGCCUACUGUGGUAACCGCCUUUUUAUCUGCUGUUUGCAGCGCGUGGCACUCAGUCUGGAGGAUGAUGGCUACCCCUGAGGGGGGGUGGGAUGCAUCCUGGCCCCCUCCAGUCCCAUCCUGGCCCCCUCCUCUCACCACAGCCUCUACACCACUACAGUGAGGCCAGUACAACGCAGAGGAGAAAGAGACGGAGUCCUCAUUUGCCUCCCCUUUUUGAGGAGCAGGGAUGACAUGUACAUGUUGUAAAAUCCCCCUCCUACUUUCUCCACUGGAGUAACAUUACUACCAUUACUAGCCACUACUACUACUACCACCACUAGUGUUAGUUUAGUAGCCUCUGCUCCGCUCCUCUCUGCUCUCUGCCUCCUGUUUAGCAGUAGUGGUGUGUGAAAUGCUGCUUGAUGAUAUUGUUCACACUAACCUCAUUCGGCUGUCUCAGUGCACAUUGUAAAUAGAAGGCUUUCUGGCCACCGUACAAGAGGAAAAAGCCGGCAUGCCUAAUUUUAAAUUCCUCAUUUUUUUGACUCUUUAUUUAUUUGUAUGUGUUUGCUGUUGUAAAUAUGUACCAGCAUCUCUCAGUGCACAAUACUAAAGGCACAUUUGACAAAGUUUGCAAGGAUAUACAGUAUAGCACAGGGGUAGGCAAGGACGUUACGUUUCUUCAUCGUUGCUCUAAAGUUGACGAGACAUAUUUUCUGAAAGGGAGACUGUCAUCCUUUUUCACACCCAGCCCCUCAGAUUUGCCCCUUGUCAUACUAUAGAGCUAAACAUAGCCCAGGGGAAAGGAGAGAUGGAAUGAUGGGGUUGUCUGCACAUUUGGAGGUGAUUUUGGGGUGAAAGAGUACGGGAGGGUGCUUUUUUUUUUUCCUCCUCCUUCUUCUUGGAGGGGGGGAAUGGGAGGAUUUGUGCCACCCGAGGGUAGUGCCUCAAGGCAAAAAGCAGCAGGGCAGAAAAGGCAAAGGAUUAUGGGUAAUCCUCUCUCCUGGUAUCAGAGGUAUGCGCAGGGUCGAUAAUGAACUUGGGAUUGUUUGCUUAUUUACGGUGGGUGUUAGGACUCGCACAUCCCUCUGACAUCUGUUUGUGUUCAUGUCUGCUGGCAUCGAUAAUUUCAAAGGUGGAACAUCGUUUGCAGCCAGCAUGGAGUUUUACAAAACACCUUCCUGGGACUGUUUUGAGAUACGGAUAUGGAGCCGAGGCCUCAACAUGGAGAAAACAAAAAAGAAAUAUUCAUUAUUACAUCAAUUUUAAAAACAACGGACACGGCUUCCAGUGUUUUUUUGUGUUUUGUCUCAUUUAGUGGUUGGAUCUGCAUGCAUUUUAAUUUAAUUUGCACAUACUGUUUUGAAAUCCUGUUGAAAGUGAAGGUUUGAAAAUGUAGGAAGGGAAAGGCAGAAGAACAGCUGCUUCGUUUUUGACUACUAGCCGAUUUAAGUUGCAGCCUUUUGAAAGGUUUAUGAACAGAUAUUGAUGUAGAAAUAAGAGAUUAUGAUAGAUGUGCUGGCACGUACUCAACAUAUGCUCUCUUGGACAGCGAGACACAGUUGAACAAAUGUAUAUCGUGUUCUUACAUUGACUCACUGAAACACUGACACAACUAUUGAUGGAUACAGACAACUGUCAAGUGUGAGUUUUCAUCUGUGCUUACUAUAUUUGGGCCAGCACAGCUCCCCAUCGAUCACUUUUCCUUUGGUGCGACAUAACUCAAAUAUAUCAUCUUUUAGCUGCUUCCCAACACAACAGCAUUUGAACUUGAGCAACCCUGUAAGCAUCAUUCACCGGCCUGGUUUUGGUAUUUUUUUGGCACAAUGACUUAAGCACCUUUAUUUGUCAUUUUUUUACAAUGCAGUUCUGUGUUUUCUGGAUGGGAUGAUGUUGAAAAAGAGCUCACAUUUUGUAGAGAAAUCCCUUUCUGCUGUCACUGGAGGCUCAUUGUGGUUGCGAGUGGCCUUGUUUUGUAUGAGCAGAUGAGUAAUAAGCCAAGGCUGACUGAGUCGAGCGGUGAUUUGAUUUGAAAGCUGGAUAGAGAGGAAACGUGUGAACUAGCGUGAAGAGGUGAUCUUCCAUUGGCUUGCCUCAGACAUGCUUCCAGCCCAUUGAAUCAGAUGGAAUUUAUGCCCAGUGAAUAUUGCAGUAAUUGCUCAUAUUGUGUUGGAUAGUGAAUCACUGGAGGCCGUUAUGACAGAAUAACAUAAUAGCUGUUACAAAUAGUUAUGAGCAAUUAACAGCUCUUAUAUUCUGGACAUCAUGUAGUUGUUUAAAGGGCAUUCUGUCAACAUUAAGCACAGAUAUAAUGCAUUUUAUUUGACAUAAAGCAGUUUUUUUCAGUGUUGAGAUGAUAUGUCCAACACCUGUCUUCCAUUUUUAGGUUAACACUGGACUAGAUCUGUACAGUGUUGCAUUUCAGAUCUGCUGUUGUUUGGCGCCUCCUGAUAUGACGGAAAAACAUGCAAAAAAAGUAUCUAAUGCAAACUUUAAAGUCUUCCUACAUGGGUUCAGUCUAGUCUCAGAUUAUGUAUUCAUGCGACCACUCUUGAUUAAUGAUAGUUAUUAUUCAUGGCUCUGGCUCUCUCGGAAAGGUUUGUUCAGUGUGGGAGCUCGGAUAACCACAAGGGAAGAAGAGAGAGACGGUAAAAACAGACGAAGACAAAGGUAGGCAGGGCACGACUGCCAGGAUUUAUAUUACACCAUAUGCGAGCAGGUUUGUGCUUGGAAGACGAAUGGUGGGUCAUUUAUUUUGCCGGAUUUCUGCCAAUGUUGUGUGGCGGUAUUUUGAGACUCACUCCUCGCACCUCCCCCAGAAAGAUGGCACUGGCUUCUCUCAGUUUAUGAUGCACCGUGGGCGAUUUGUAUUUCCUGUAUGUGACAAGUUGCAUGCUAGACAGGUAAAUUCUAGUCCUCUGCAGCACCAUAAUCUCCCUCUUCUGUCAGACAUAGGAGGCAUGAGCUAAAGGGGGAGGUCAUCUUCCUUCAUUUUGGCCCCGUAGAGAAGAGGCAAAAUAACAUGCAUUACACCGCAGGGAAGUCUGACUCAUCUCAGCAUGGUUGACUGGUUUGGUAGCGUCAUGCAGUGACGGCAGGAUUUAGGGUUGCCAUACAGACAGUAGCACAUACAGGAAAAAACUGAGUGUCUUAGCAAGAUGCUGGACCACUGUUAGUCUUCAGAACAGCUUCAGUUCUCCUUCUCUGGAGUCUCUAAGUCUCCACUGGAAGGUUAAACUCCAUUCUUCCAAAAGAUUUUCCCUCUUUUGGUGUUUUGAUGAUGUUGGUGGAGAGUCUAACACAUCGGUCCAAAAUCUCCCCCAGGUGUUCGUUUGUCUUGAGAUCUGAUGACUGUUAAAGGUCAUGCCAUAUGAUUCACCUCAUUUUCAUUUUCAUCAAACCACUCUGUGACCCCUAUGGAUGGGAGCACAGGCACCCUGAAAGAGACCGCUCCCAUCAGGAUAGAAAUGUUCCAUCGUAGGGGAUCACUCAAACAAAUUCGUAUUGAUUUGCAGUGACCCUUUCCUCUAGGGGACAAGUGGACCCAAACCAUUCCAGAAAAUCUCUCUCUUCAGAAUAACGGACCAACUGAAUCCCCUCAGAGGUCAAACAUUUAGGCUUUUCUUUAACAUCUGUGCUGCACGUGAAUUAUGAUGCUCACAAGAUCGUAUUUUCUAACUCCUGCAUGUCAAGGAGAGACAAAAAUUACUGAUGUAAGGUUACCAUAAAGAUGCUACAGGUCAGACAUGCUGGUAAAUAUAAGAUGAAAUAAAUCACAAGCCCAGUGCUGGAUGGAACCCUGAGCUGAGUCAGCUCUGCACUCCUUCAUGUCCGUGUCUGCGUCAGGUCUAAUGGAGUUCCAUGCUGAGGGUUUGCAGUUAGCAGAAUAAAUUGCUUAUUUAUUGAGGUGGCUGAGCGUGGCAUUAUGGGAAAGUUAUUAUGGCUACAGUGUGAAGGCAGAUUGGCUGGUCCACCUCGACAGCAGCCGUCUACACUGAAGGAAAAAGUCCAGCAGAGGGAUUUCGUCAUUUACUGUAUGAGGUAGUAAUCAUAGUGGUAGUGCAGGGCCGACUGUGACCGUAUGCUUUCUAGACACCUGCCGCGCUGCUGCUCCAUAUUUACAGGGAGCAUUUAGGCACCAUAAUGUCGGCAUCAUCACGGUUUUACUGUUGGUCAGAGCCAUAAGCAACUGGCUGCAGUUAUGAGGAUCAAUUUGAGCACUCAUGCUGAAAAUGUUGGAGUUGUUUAUUGGCUGCAUGUGUUAAUGUACAUAUGUUGAAUUAUUCAGUAAUUGCAGUACAGGUAUUAAGUGUAUAUGUGUAUUCCAGUGGAGUUUCUUGGAUAUAACCGGUAACGAUGAACUGGGUCAGUAUUUGCUGCUUUGGAGAACCAGCAUGAGAUCUUGCAUAGUUACUUAACAGUCAAGCAGAAAACUAGCUUUUUGUAAUACACAGUUUUUUAAAUUGAAUUUCAAGUGCGCCUAUGUUCAGUUAUCAGACACAUCCACUAAAAUCUAGUUCUGGAUCAGAGCAUUUACUUUGCAUGUAUUCUGCAAAGUGUGCUGGUAAAGUUUCAAUGUUUCUGAAAAACAUGAGUUUUAUGAGUGAUCAGUUGGAUUUUUAGUCUGUUUUUGAAUUGUACAAGCUCUGAAAGAUUACAUGUUGCCAGAACGUUCUUACUAGGAUCAGAAGAUACUGAUUCACUUUCUUUGUUGAAGCGAGAGACGGGCAAGAUUUGUUUUGGAAAUCCAUGUUUAACUCUGAACAACCUCGAAUUUUACUUGACGUCAGAUUAUCAAUCCUGUCUCCUAGAAAUAGUAUUCCCAAAUAUGUUCUAUUAUCAAGUUUAACUGUUGCUUGCACUUUGUUCCGAGGCAAGGCGUUUUGGUUUUUUUGUUUUUUUACUUUUAAACUGUUUGAAGUGAAUUGGGCUCUAUGUUUCUGUCAGACACUGCAACAAAGUUUCAGGGAGGUGUUCAGGGUGGAUGGUGGGUCCACAAAGCCGCAGGACUUUGACAUCUAUUGAGAUUUACAUUCUGAAUCCAGUCAGUGCAACCCAAUCUCACAAAAAUUGCUUCCCCAUACAGCUAAACAACAAUUUUGAAAGAAAUAUGUUUCCUGCGUGGCAUAGUUGGAAAAGCUUCCAGUUUAAAAACAUAAAGAUGUGGAGACAAGUCUGCCCCAGGCCUUUCACUCUGGAGACUGGGGGUUUGCAUCUUGUGUGGGGUUACUGCUCUUGAGUUUAAUUCUCUGUUCGUGUUUACCUUUAUUUUCGCUCACUGAUUGGUUGGGUUUAAACACCUAAAAAUGUUGUUAGACUAACAAAUAUGUCAUUCAUCGGGUUGGAAUUGCAACAUUCGUUAACCAAAUGUUUGAAGCUUCGCUAGAUUUAAAGGAAAAAUAUGACCCUUUCACAGCAUAUUAAAGCUUCUCCAGUUUUUUUGGGUACCAGAGUGAUGGGUCCCACCCCAUCUAAUACAUGAAUGGUUUGCAAAAAAGGAGUGACAGUAAAGCAAUAAAAAUAGUCUAUUUGCUGAUUAGACAUACGUUUGUCACAUCCUUACAGACAAAUAUAAUCUGGUAGAAAAUACAUUUUCCUCAAAAUGUCUUUGAAUUUAGUUUAGCUGUAAAGGAGCCUUACUGGAUUAACAUUUGUGAUAAAUUGUGGUUUUGGUUAAAUAUUAGUGAACACCAUCUGUCCCAAGUCACUGUAGACUUUUUCUGUAUUUAACCAGACCUUAUUUUUUUUCCUCUGAACUUAGCAAUGAAAACAUGUAUUAAUGCUGUAGGUACUACAAGCAGGCAUGGUAAUACAACACUGGCUGUUUGGGCAGAAAACAAAUGAAACAGGUUGUGACUGAGCUUUUGUUGAUAGAAAAUGGGAUUCAAGGUGCAGUACAUUUUCUUCAAAUUGUAAUUGCUGGUGCAAAUAAGUACAUAAAUGUAGUGUCUAGGAGACAGGAUUGCAAAGAAGCUGUUUUCUCUGUUGAAAUGCUCAGUAAAAUUCCUUGUGCAGACCUAUUCAUCUAAAUAUUUAACUCUUCAUUUAAACUCACACAUGAAUUCCUAACAAAUCCUAAUGCAUAAUGGACAUGUUACUGCAAAACUAGGUCAAACUAAAUGCCAUCUGUGACAUCUGUUUCAUUUUAUGAGGAAGCUGUUAAUUUUAUUAGCUCAUCAUAGCUAAUUACUAACAGUCCUGAUAACCCUCUAUCUAAUAGAACUAUAAUUACACUGCUCCUGAUUUGUGCUCCGUUUUGACUCUGCUGUUGCUUGUCCUUUCCUUCCUCUGCACUCUUAAAGUGGUUUUCCAAUGUUUUCUGAGCAGAGAAUACGCUGCUUUAACCAGAACACUUUCUAACAUCACCCCAUCACUUCACCUCCUCGUGCGCUUUAUCGAACGUGACACCAGCUGUGAGCUUUCAAGUCUUUCUUUGGUGGUUGUGCUUCUGAAUUUCAGCUUAGAGAGCAUAGUCAGCAUUGUUGUCUCUGUGCACUCUCAUCCUCUCGCCCUCCCAUCCUCAUCUCAGCUAUCGACAUCUUUCCUUUGGCAAGGGCUCUCGGUCUUUGGGUAGACAGACACACACACACACACUGGAAGAAUUAGGAAAAGCACUGGAGGAAAUGACCUGGAACCCCAAAAACAACACGGAAGCCCCCAGAGCGGGAAAAUAAAAAAACAAAACCCUUCCCGAAUGUGAACCAGCAAAGCGGCGAACACUCAGCCAGGAGAAGCAGCCUCCCCCUCGAGCUACAGUUUUGGACGGUGGAAGGAACCCUCAGUGACUCUACUUGGCUGGCAUUUAGCUCUCGUUGACCCAGUGACUUUCCUUGAUCAAAUGGUUCCUCUUUUUAUCAUGUGUUUUCUUUUGGACUGUGAGUCUGUAAGUGAGUUGUAGUUGUUGCUCUCUCUUUCUCUUUCUCUCUCUCUCUCUCACCAAACCAUUCCCGGUUUCAUAUUACUUGUUUGAUUACUUGAAGGGCAGUGUUCAGUCGCCUACAUUUUUCUACCAGUCAGUGUAAAACGAAGGUUGUGGGGGUGAAAACGGGAGGUUGUGAAAUCUGUUUGUGUAAAUCUUUUUAUGGGUUGGGAUGAUGAUAUAUGGGGGCAACAUUUUGAUAAAUCACAUUACUGUCACAGAUUUGGACAUUUUACUUCACCAGUGAUUGAGGUGGGAGACUCUCACUUCCAGGUAUCAGAUCCAAUUGGCUGCAGUUUCCGCAAAACUGUCCACCUGCAUUUUCUCAAAAUGUUGCUGAUGUGUCAUUGCCUGCAAGGACAUCUCAAAAUCCAUUCGGGGGGGGGGGGCUCUGUCCAUUCCUCAGCCAUAUGACAGGCAUUUUUUUUACGCUGUUUGUUGCACAAAAACUUUUCAAGAAGCCUUCUGCACUGUGUAAAGAGAUAGCGUUCUUAGUAGGGGAGGAAAUAAAAUGGGGGUGGGGGGUGGGGUCCAAUGGUACAGUCCAAUGGUUUUGAAUCAUGACUUGUAAAUAAUACGUUUUCAUACAGCAAAAACUUUUUGAUAAUGUUUUAAAUGUAUCUGUAAAAAAAGCAAAAAAAAAAAGCUGUACAUAAAUUUCUGGGGUGAAAAGGAGUGUAGACUAUAUAUGAAUUUAUUUGUACACAAGAGCACUGGAUUUCUUUACUACUUGAUUGUAACUAAAAAUUAACAAUCUGCCAAAGUGUUUUUAUUUUAUGUUUUCUCCCGUCUGUUCCGUUUGUUUUGUUUUUUUGCUUUUUAACAGCAUUGCGGAUUUUAGUGUUCAUACUGUAUUUAAUUCUGUUGAAUUUAAUUUCGCUGUUGUGUGUUUUUAAAAAAGAAAAAGAAAGAAAGAGGGGUUAUCGUUUUAAUUUAUUGGUGCCUUGUUUUGUGCUCCUGUAUACUUUUACUCUUUCUGUUUUCUCUGUGUUCUGUGUCUGUGGGAGGGCAGGGGGGUAACUGGGGGGUCGGUGAGGGAAGAACAGGUGGGAGGGGAGUUAAAAACUUAGCAACUUCUGUACUUACAUGGAAUAUCUGUACUGUAUGCCAAAAUGGUCUCACUCACGUUUCUAUGAAAUCAAGCUGUUGAUAAAUAUCUCUAUAUAUUGAUAUAUUAAAUUUAUAAAAACUG